GUGAGUGCAGUACUAGUUUAGACAUGUUGAUUUGUCUCUUAAAGUCCAUAUAACACCGGUGACUAAAACUAAAACUGAGGAAUGUUAACAGGAAGUGGAAGAAACUGCUCGUAUCUGGAAGUUCUCAGAAGUGAGUGGAAGAAGUCGUCUCGACACCACAACACAAAGUGAAACAUGGGCAGUGAGUACAAACCACUGUCUUCUGCAGAGUCAUGCAGAACUUUAUUCAUAGAGAAGUCAGAGUGCUUUAUAUGCAGGGACGUUGAACUUCAAGCCAGUGACCCACUGAGGAAUUUCUGUGACUGCAAGAAUUUACUUGCUCAUCACGUGUGUCUGUCCACGUGGAUCCAGAAGGGAUGUGGGAGUGAAGACAGGCUGCACUGCAUUAUCUGCAAAGCCAAGUACCAUCUCCAGAGGAGUUCUCCAUGGUGGGCUGUGAGCUUCCAGUGGCAAACAUGGCUUGUGCUGAUCACUGCGUUGGUUUUGAUGAGUCUGGUACCUUACGUUGUUUAUUGCAUGAUGACCACCUUCACCAAGCCCCCUCCGCCCAGCACCUUUAAAGUGGCAGCUGCCUCUUUUGGUCUGCUGACAGAGAUCCUGCUGAUCAAGUGUCUGUCCAGCUUCCUGAGCAGUCGUUACAGGCAGGCGGAGCAGAGAUCCUUCACAGUGCGGGCCAGAGGCUUUGACGAGGACAGAACGAGCCCGGGCCGCUGGGAUCGGUCUGAGGCCUCAUCAGUGGCUGGUCACGCUUCAACAACAGCCUCACCCAGUCAAGUGGACGAGAGGAAAGUGGAUAUGUUGAAGAGUGGAGGUCUUGGCCUUUAUUGAACCACUAACAGAAGGAGUUUACAGAAUACAGGGUGUGAGUGAAGCCUAUGAGUAUUAGUCAUUCAAGAUAUCACAUCAGUUUAUCAUCUUUAUGAGAUCAUACACUUUAAAACCUAUUUUCCAAAUAUCCUUGUUUUCCUAUAUCUCCCACCCUUACACUCUUCAUUCAGUAUAUACAGUACAUACUGAAUGUGUGGUGGUGAUGACCUAGUGGUCUAGUGGUACGGCUUCCAAAUACAACACCAGAUGGUUGUGAGUUCAAUAUCCGGGCUGCCACCAGUGUACCCCUGAGCAAGGCACUUAACCCUGAGUUGCUCCAGGGAGACUGUCCCUGUAGUUAGUUCACUGUAAGUCGCUCUGGAUACAGAUAAUUGACCUGUAAUGUAAAAAAGUAUAUUCAGUAUAUUCUCACAUAUUGCAAAAUGAUUAUAAGGAAGCUAAUAUACGCAGCUUUCAUGAGUGUGUUCAGGCUCAGGAAGGAAAAGAAAAGCCUUGAAUCACUCUCUUUCCUUAAUAAUGUCCGCACAGAGACAAUGGGGCACCGCUCUGAUUAGUGUCACCUGUCCUUGUGCAUCUCAUCAGCUCCAUUAUGGCUCCAUCUCCCAUGCUUCUUCUGCUAAUUGAAUAGCCUGUGAAGUGGUGACGAGGACGGGGGCGAGAGCAACGUCUGUCCCACUGCUGCUUCACAAAUGAGAGUGAAGCUUCCCAGUGAGACCCUACUGAGGUUCUUAAAACAUAAACCAUUAUCAUACAGAUGGAAAAGAUGCUAACAAGUAGUCCUCAUGUUAUAUUACCGUCAUAUCGUCUACGGAUUAUGUUACAUACAACAGCUUUCAAUUAACAUCCACUGUAUGUUUUGAUAGGGAUGCAAUGCUGCACUGCACCUUUCUUUAGUGUAUCACACAGAGUUCAUAUUGGACAGAGCAGUAAGACAAUCACUGAUGAUACCUAGAGUGGUUAAGAAAAUUGAUAUCUGUCCAUUAAAUAUUCUCCUGUAGCUGGUUGUCUUAGCUUAGUUUAGCACAAAGACUGGAAACAGGGGGGAAAUAGCCUGGCUUUUAAAUGGUAACAAAAUCCAACUACCAGGACCUCCUAAUCUCACAAAUGAACAUGUUAUAACGUGUUUGUUUAAUCCGCACCAAAACCAAAGCGUGAAAAAGGCAAUUCACAUAUUUUCGGGGGGUUAUGUGCUGACAAUUUCCCAAAUUGUCAAACUAUUCCUUAAGAUUUUGAAAACUAAAACAUUUUUAUUAUCAACAAAUGCCAUGAAAAGAUGAUGGUUGGAUUAAUUCCACCGGCACGACUCUGCUGCUGACCCUGUGCUCACUGUUUGCUUGUUUGUCUGCGUUUGUAUCUUUUGUGGUUCUUGUUUCAUGUGGAGAAUUAUUCAUUGUGAGCGACGUUUUGACACAGAAUCACAAUGAAUUUAGUGCAACAGUGGAUUAUUAUUUGCCUUACGGCAUCCCUGCUGCUUGGAAAGUCUUGUUGGACAAGUCAGCGUGUCUUCCUGGCCUUCAUACUUGUCUCUUCACUCACGCAUCGCUGAUGUUUCAGGCCUAAAUUAAUCUAAGAGGCUAUACAACAGUCAGAGUAGACAUACAUGAUCGGACAAUAACUGGGAUAAACAGUGCACAGUUUGAGAAAAUCAUUCUUAUUCUCACUUAUGUUCCUGGUCCAAAUAACGAUGCUGCAGCAGAGAGGUUAUUGUUACAAUGACACCUUCUCUCGCUCUGCAGAUCAAACUGUUUUAAAGAGAUUUUAAUCCAUGUGGUUUAUCUGGGUAUUGACCAACCCUCCAUAAUAUAUGGACCGUCCCACUCGCUUUACCCGCACUCUUGACUCUUUACUUUAGGAGCAUCCCAGAUGGCGAUGAGGCUGGGCGAUCGUACACAGUGUUAGUCACCAUUUGCUGACACAAGUGACACGAAUGACACCCGUCACCAAAGUAGUUUGUAGUUAAGUGUGGUCUGAGGAAUAUAAAGAGGAACCGAGUGGCUGUCUAGGGAACAUUGUAUGGGACAUUUUCUUUAUAUCUUGCAUAGAUUAGAUUAGAGGAAACAGUGUCUGUGAUUUACUUUUUCAUUUCAUCUAUAGAGUCUAAUGUGUGUUAGGCAAAGACUGAGAAUCUUCCAAAACAACAAGUCCUGGCUUUCAAAAGAACUAAAAGGAAGUCUUAAUGGAAAGAAAAUGGUCUUCUGCAGUGGUGACAGUGAAUUAUCUGAGAAAAAGAGACAACUCAGAGAAAAAUAAGAUUGAAAUGACAAUGGAUAACAUGAGAAGCACAGGAAGGCGUAAAUGAAGGGGGGGGGGGAAGAAUGCUCUGUCAGCAACAGUCAGUUCUUUACUAAUGAUAAUAAAUGUUUAUUACAGUAGAUUCGCUCGUGCAAAGAUGAAAAUAGGCUCCUGGCCCAGACGGACUACAGGCACAGGUCCUGAAAGAUCCAAAUAAAAGGAUACUUUACAAGGUUAUCCCAGUCACGCACAGUGCCCUGAUCAGGCAAGAUCUCAAUCAUUAGCUCUGUGUCCAACACGGCAAAAGAAAGAAUGCUAAAUGAUGUUCAACCACUUGCCAUCACUUCUGUCCUUUGUAAAACCAUGGAGAGGGUUCUAGCUAGUCAUUUAACAUCCUCCUUGGUACACAUGAUGCACGUUUAAUAUGCUAUGUUUAAUAUGUAAGAAUUUUAUUUGUGGGUUUUUGUUCGGUCAUAGAUUUUGGGGUUAAUGGUGACGUUAUUUUGUGGAUAAAAGAUUUUCUCUCUAACCAAGCACUGCGAGUCUCCUUCUGUGGAACAACGUUCGACUUGCUCCUCACGGAUGUGUUUCUUCUGCUGUUCCCAACUGAAUUCAAGAUGAAAGAGCAGAGGGGGUUUUAAGUAUGCAGAUGACAUAGCCUUAGUUGGCCUUCGUGAAGUGAACCUGAGUGUUUGGCCCGAACACACUCGCUUCAGACUUGGUGCGAAAGAAACAAUUUAGAAAUCAAUGUUGAUGGGACUAAAGAUUGUUUGUGACAAGCAGGAUUUCACUUCAAAGCCAAAUGUAUUUGACAUGUUGACAGUCCUGGAUGACCAAUUGAGUUUUAAAUGCAUCAGGACAAGAGAUAUAAAGCCCUAAAAUGUCUUAAUACCAAAUUUAGAGCAUUAAUAUAGCAGUAAACAACUAUUGUUUGAGAAUGAAGUCACUCUCCAUCUGUGUGUGUUGUUAUUCGAUCUACUCUGUGCUUUGUUUACAAAGCCAGGUCGGCCAUGCGAGUCCUUGUUUGUGUGCUCAGCUGACUAGCUAAUAAUCGCCGCUCUGCACUGCACUGCACUGCGCUCAAACGGCAGUUAGCACUGAUAACGGAAAUGUAAGGGCCACCCUCAGGUUAACUGUUAGCUCUGUCAGCACUGUUGUAGCUGUUAGCACCAUUAGCUAGCACCAUCUGUUCUGAGUUUGAAGCCUUUCAGUCUGCUUAAAGUGUGUCGGGGAGUUGCUAAGGGGUGCCUUUGACAACCAAAAAUAGUUUUAAGAAGUCUUCUAUUCCAAGUGCAAUCAGCAUUUUAAAGUUUAAAAAAAUGACGAGCUACAAAUCUUGCUCUACAGUAUUUUGUUUUAAGCUUUGUUUUAGGUAUUUUAUCUGUACCCUUCAAUGUGUGCACUGUAGUGUAAGCUGUUAUUUCUCUCAGUGGUAUCUUGUUGCCACACUUGUUCUAUAUGUUACUUGUUUUAUGUUACUGUUCUCGUGCUGCUUUUAUGUUUUGAUGAGCCACAGACAAUGUUGCACUCCGGUGGAACACACACUUGUAUUCUACUCUAUUCCAAAUGAACAAAAUCCAAAACCUUCAACUACCUUGUCUGUAACUCUCAGCACCAAACCCACUGGUACUGAAGAGAGUGUAGUUUUUUUUAAAUAAAAAACGUUUGAUAAGACUAAUCUCCCAAAACAGCUGGCCACUGUAGUUUUUAGCAAACAUUACUCUUAAUCGCUUUUUCUUUCUUUGGGACUAUUUUCAACGGCGGAUUAAUCCCCAUUUGGUGCACUAGUGAGUAUCUGGGGCAGCAGGAGGUUCAUGAAGGAUUGAGUCAACAUAAACUGCAGUCUGUGUGUUCCUACUAAUGAAGGAACAUGUCAACAGUGUGUUUUUAAUAGUGUUUGGACAACAAGAGGAACUGAGAAACCAACACUUUUGAGUAGCGUCACUUCACUGUUGGUUUCGGCCUCCUCAUGGGAUUUGUUGAACAACAGCCCUAUCUUUUAAACAUGGUUAAAGGAAAUUAUAUCAUGCUUUUGGAAAUCACUCUUGUAAUUUAUGACAUUUUCAUUCUGAGAUUAAUGCUUGAGAGCUCUCAUUAAGACGAUUAUGCAAAAGUCGAAACACAAGCGAUCAGACCAACAUCAACUCUUCACCAUUCAGUUUGUACCGCAGGCUUUCUCUUAUUCAUGUGUAGUCCGAGAUAAUGCUGAUGCCAUCAUUUUAAUAACCCUGAUGACAUCAUCUUAAUAACCCUGAUGACAUCAUCUGGGUUUUUGCUCCCCCACAGCUACACAAGACCUUAUAGAACUCACAGGCGUUCCACUUUAAUGCGUAAUGUUUGCUAUAAAAGUACUGUAAAUAAAUGCUCCUCUAUAAAUGUAACUGUAUUUUAUAUGAAAUGAUUGCAUUAAAUAACUGAUUGUUGUGUUACUGUAAACAAUUAUGUAACUAUUAUAAAAAAACUUGGAACAAAUAAAAACGGAGGCAGGCCUCUCUCUGAUGUUUA